AUGGAUAACAACAUUCCACGCAACACACCUGCGCUGCUAGCGCGUAUCGAUCAACUCCGCAACAGCUUAUUUAACAGAUUCGAAAAGCUACUUGAACAAGCGCAGAACGAAAAGAAUGAUCGUAACAGCACGGCUUUGAGCCAAUAUCAAACACAGAUUGAGACUGCUGCUCUGAUACGCACGAGUGAAGAUAUCCUGGCUCUCACGCGCCAGAUGCAAGAGCUGUGGUUAUUUGGACAGCUCAAAACGCUGGACAAGAACGAUAUCCAAGCACGUAUCGAUGGCGAUGCUAAGGAGGUCGCUGAAAUGCUUGCUAUGCUUGUUGGCGGCAGUCAAGACGAGAAUGCUAUGAAGAUCGAAGGUUGA